UUGUUCUUAUUUGUUGUGCAUGUGUUGUCAACUGUAUACUUAUAAAGACGAACAACAUUCAGAAGGAGGUUUUUAGAUCAUACAAAGGGGACUAUAACUACAAAACAAAGUACUUCACGCAAAAGGUUGAUCAUUUUGGUUUUGUAAACAAAGACACAUACCAGCAAAGAUACCUUAUAGCAGACCAAUUUUGGGACAAAAAUGGAGGACCAAUUUUCUUCUACACAGGGAAUGAGGGGGACAUUACAUUGUUCUGCAAUAAUACAGGUUUUAUGUGGGACAUUGCACCAGAAUUUAAAGCCAUUAUCAUAUUUGCUGAGCACAGAUAUUAUGGUACAUCUAUUCCUUAUGGACCAUCUGCUUUUAAGGACCCAGCCAAAAUGAACUAUCUGACUUCAGAGCAGGCCCUGGCAGAUUAUGCUGUUCUCAUCCAGCACCUUAAGUCUACCAUACCAGGGUCCGCAAACAGCAAAGUGAUAGCAUUCGGAGGAUCCUAUGGGGGGAUGCUAGCAGCAUGGUUUAGAAUGAAGUAUCCUAAUGUUGUUCAAGGGUCUAUAGCUGCCUCAGCCCCUAUUUGGACCUUCUUGGCAGAUGCUGAUUGUGACGCCUUUGAUUACACGGUCACUGAAACCUUCAGGAAAUCUUCUCAAGCUUGUGUAGACAAUUUCAGAGCUUUAUGGAAAACACUGGACACCUCAGCUUCACAAACUGCUGGUCUCUCCAAACUAACAGAGAUGUUUCACCUGUGUAGACCUCUGAAGAGUGUGGAUGAAGUGGGGGCUCUGAAGGGAUGGAUUCAGUCGGCCCUUGUAUAUCUGGCCAUGGUGGAUUAUCCGUAUCCCUCCAGCUUUCUGGCUCCCCUACCAGCAUGGCCUGUCACGGCAGCCUGCCAUCCUAUGUCUACUCCACUGAGUGGGGACAAUUUGAUCCGGGGUGCAGUGAAAGCUAUGAAUGUUUACUUUAACUAUACAGGGACCACACCUUGUUUUGAUAUCACAGGUCAAGCCACUCCUAAUCUCGGAACCUCAGGGUGGGACUACCAGUCCUGCACAGAAAUGGUGGCCCCUAGUUGCUCUAAUGGUAAGACGGACAUGUUUGAGAAAUCUGCCUGGGACUUCAAUGCGUACACUAAGGGUUGUCUCAAAAACUGGAAAGUAAAGCCAGACAUUAACUGGUUGGAAACACAAUACUGGGGCAGAAACUUGUCUUCUACAUCCAAUAUCAUAUUUAGCAAUGGUCUGUUGGAUCCCUGGUCCUCCGGAGGAGUUCUAAAAUCUCAGUCUGAAUCUGUUGUUGCCAUAGUGAUCCCUAACGGAGCUCAUCAUCUCGAUCUGCGAGGUUCAAAUAAAGCUGACACUCCAGACGUUAUCUCGGCUCGAAACACAGAAAAAAAGUACAUCGCCAGCUGGAUCAAAUCGCCAUAAAAGUUCAUCUCAUGGAGGAGCUUUCUCAAGUUAUCUACCUUUGAUCUUCCAAUAAAUUUGCAUAAUACCGUGCUUAGUGGAGGACAUGAUUACAAGUAGAGAAAUUAUUUUCUUGUUAUUAUCUAGUGGAAAAUGGAUUUACAUGUACAUAUUUACCAGGUUUUGACAUUGUGCAUUUCACAAAUGUUUAACUUAGCAUUUUUAAUGGGAUUUUUAUAAAAAUAAUUUAUUACAUAUUUAGAUUUAAGGUCACUGCUAGUGUUUGUUAUUUUGUGAACAUUCCUUAAGCAUAUACAUAUUUCUUAGAAUAUUAGUAUGCAUAUUUUACAAUCUACUUCAAAAUGAUGUGCAAUGAUUUGAAUAUACAUUUUACAUGUACUUCAUGAAUCAGAG